GAUUCGAACGCAGCAUCAAUCGGGAAUGCAGCGACAUGCCCUGCACCGUCCCGAUUCCAGAGAUCUGAUCGCGGUGCAAACUGCGCCUUGUGGAAGUGGAAAUGGGCAAACUAGGCACCUUUGCGGUCCUAAUAGCUGUGGCGUCGGCGCUGCUCGGAGAGAGGAUUUUCCGCUUUAGAAAAAGGACCCUCGCGUUUAGGGAGUUGGUGCAGAAUCACCUUCCCAACUGUGUAACUCUAAAGAAUCUGGAGCGUGGGUCAGAGGAUAUAACCAUCCUUGGAAAUGGACUUGCCUUCAUAAGCACUGGCCUCAAUUAUCCUGGAGUCCCAGCGUCAGGUUUGCCGGGAAAAAUCUACGCCCUCGAUCUGCAAGAUCCUCGCCUGAAACCCAUGGAGCUGCGAAUGCCACUGAACUUUGACCUGGAGUCCUUCAACCCUCAUGGCAUCAGUGCCUACACCGAUCCAGCUGAUGACACGGUGUACCUGUUCGUUGUGAAUCAUCCUCAGCACGGUAGUCAGGUGGAGUUGUUCAAACUCAUGGAGGAUGAACUGUUCCUGGUGCAUCUAAAGACCAUAAAACACGAGCUGCUCCACAGUGUAAAUGACGUUGUUGCAGUGGGAGCGGAGAGCUUCUAUGCCACCAAUGAUCACUACUUCUCCAAUUUGAUGCUCAAAAACUUGGAGAUGCUUCUGCUUCAGCCUUGGACCAACGUUGUUUACUACAGUCCUGAGGAGGUCAAAGUGGUCUCUGAGGGUUACUACUUCGCAAAUGGAAUCAACAUCUCUCCAGACACGAGGCAUUUAUACGUGAUGGACCUCUUUGGCCACGAUGUGCACGUGUUGGAGCGGAAAGAAGACAAUUCGCUGUCCCCUGUGAAGUCCCUGGCUCUGGGUUCACUCUGUGACAACAUUGAAGUUGAUCCUGAAACCGGUGACCUGUGGUUGGGCUGUCACCCCAAUGGAGCAAAACUUUUCAUCUACGACCCCAAAGACCCGCCUGGAUCUGAGGUCAUCCGUAUCCAGAACAUUCACUCUGAUCAGCCGGUGGUGACUCAGGUUUACGCGGACGACGGCCAUGUGAUCCAAGGCUCAUCUGUGGCAGCCGUCUAUGGGGAGAAGCUGCUCAUCGGGAGCGCUCGAGCGCCUCCUGUGGCGCGGCUCUGUAACUGCACCGGAGGAACUUUCCUGACUUCAGUCAUGGCCACUGGGACCAAAGUGCGGCUCGCUGCUGCUGUCGCUGCUCUUGCGGCGGUCCUUGGAGGAUCGUUUCUCAGACUGAAUGAACUGAGCCUUGCUUCCAGAGAAAUGCCCGUGAAACACCUCAACUGCCAUUAUUUAAAGAACAUUGAUUAUGGGGCAGAGGACAUUGCAGUACUUCCAGAUGGGCGUGCCUUCCUCAGCACUGGAUUGCAUUAUCCCGGAAUGCCGUCAUUCUCCGAUGACCCAGGAAAAAUGUAUGUUUUGGAUCUGCUGCACCCCAAGCCGACCCCGGAGGAGCUGCAGAUCGAAGGGGAUCUGGACCUCAGCUCAUUCAACCCGCACGGCAUUAGUGUGUUCACAGAUGAAGCAGAUGACUCUGUGUAUUUGUUCGUUGUCAAUCACCCUCAUCACGAUAGCCAGGUGGAGAUCUUCCGCUACAUUGAGGAGCAGACGCUUGUGCACCUAAAAACUAUUACCCACCCCUUACUGCACAGUGUGAACGACAUAGUUGCGGUGGGGGCGGAGCACUUCUACGCCACCAACGACCGCUAUUUCCAGAAUUUCCUACUUCAGUUCCUGGUUGUCAUCCUGGGUGUGCCCCUGACCGAUGUGGUGUACUACAGCCCACAGGAAGUCAGAGUGGCAGCCGACGGCAUUCAGGGAGCUAAUGGGAUCAACCUGUCACCUGACAAACGAUAUAUUUAUGUUUCGGAUAUCUUGGACCACGAAAUAGAUGUUUUUGAGAGACAAAAAGGGGAGCGGCUGGUGUUUGUCAAGUCUGUAGCUGUGGGAUCCCUCUGUGACAACGUAGAGGUGGACCACAGGACGGGUGACGUUUGGCUCGGCUGUCAUCCAAACGGAGCCAAGUUGUCAAACUACAACCCUGAAGAUCCACCGGGCUCUGAGGUCAUCAAAAUCAAGGACAUCCUGUCAGAUGGGCCGGUGGUGAGCCUGGAGUACGCCGAUAACGGUCAUGAACUCAUGGGCUCCACUGUUGCAGCUCCCUAUGAGGGAAAGUUGCUUAUCGGCACAAUUUUCCACAAAGCUCUGUACUGUGUCUUGAGAUCAUUUGUAUCCAGUGCGUCACGUAGCCUGGCUGUUUUUAAAACUUAG